ACACGUGCUUGUGCUUAAAAAAUACUUUUGACCGAAAAUCUGCUUAAAAAAGAGUUUCAAUUCAAUUAAUAAGGAAUUGUAUCGCGGAACAACGAUGGCAACGAGUUUAGCAGCACAAUUGCAGCGUUUGGCGGCACCGCAGACAUCGAUUCUUGCCGAUGUCCGCAAGAAACCGUCGAUCUUGUUCGAUGCGAAAGAGGCGGCCGGCAAAGAUCGGGAAGUGAUCUUCGAUAUCGGUGUGAGCGGUCUGGACGAGCUAAUCCAGCUGAAUGGAGCAUUCGCCCAGUUCGAGGAGACGCUGUUCGCCAAAAACUCCAUGGAUUUGCAGCGAUCCAUCGAGAACAAGGAGCUGAACGAGAAGCUGAACCAAAACAUCCGGAAGUUCUUCUACCACCUAUCGCCCUACUUUAUGCUCCAACCAGCGCACAAGUGCCUGGAGUGGCUGAUUCGCCGUUUCGACAUCUACGAGUACAAUAAGCCGGAUUUUGUGAAUCUGAUACUUCCGUACCACGAAACGCGGAUCUUUGUCCGGUGCGUGCAGACGAUGCGCUUUACCGAGACAGAAUCGUACGCUUUUCUUCUGGGUGUUCGCAAGUCGGGAGUGCCGUUGUCGAAGCGCACCAUCAUCGAUCAUGCGAUGCGCCAUCCGACGUUCCUGAAAACGAUCGGUACCUUCACGAUGCGUGCCGCGGAAGAGCUGGGCAAUAAGGCGAACGCGCUGCAAGCCCUUUUCGCCUUCUACUGCACCACCGUACUGGGAGUGCUUGAUAACGUGGAUUCCGUCACAGAAAAGUACGUCGUGUCGUUGCUACAGGCACUCGGAAAAGGGCUUACCUCUAGCGCAGUGGAUUACACGGCGGCUUCCUUCAUGAUCAUCGGCCAGAUGGUGACAAAGACGAGCCUGUUGAAGGAAACGGUGGAGUACAUCAUUCGGAAGCUGUGCCAACUGCAACAUCCAGCUCUGACGACGGAUGCGACGAUGCUACUCGCGUUGAUCUUCAAAACGCAGCACGAACAGCUUGGCAAUCUGUCCGACACGCUGAUCGAGACGAUCGUCUCCUCCAAGUGGCUAACGACGGCCAUGAGUGAGAUAAAGACGGACGGCAUUUGUAUUAUCGUGUUCUACCGGAAGGUACUGGAGAAGUGUCUCCAUCAUAUAUGCAAGACCGGCAAGUCGGUGCAGGUGUACGGGCGCUACUGUGAACAGCUGCUGCUGGAGAUCCUACUAACGGACGCCGAAGCGGAAAACAUCAUACAAUGCGUCCUCGAUUCCUACUUCCUGGCGGACAGUCCAGCCAAGAAGCAAACGGCGGACGAUACGCUCGACGUGAGCACGAUCAAUCUGGACAGUGAUGAUGAGGAUUUUGUGGUGAAGGAUAAGAAGGUCACGCAGUGGUACUCGGAUUUCCUUAAGAGCUUCGAGCGCCAAUAUCCAACACCCUUCGAUAAGGUCGUCAAACGGGUCAUGAAGGGACAGGAUCAUUUUUCGCACAAAAAACGCAAUGCUUUACGGAACGUCCUAGGUUUUCUGCUUCAAGCUUCGUACGAUCAAGGAGAGGCUGAUCUGUUCGAGAAUCUGUUCCACUACGAAGCCGAACGCCGGUUGAACGCGGUGAAGUAUAUGAUUAAAAAUUUGGAGGCACUGAAGCAAAAAACUGGUGGCCGGAUCGAUCUGCUUCGCGAUAGUGUACUGGAAAGGUUGAGCGAUGAUAGUAGUGAGGUGGUUGGUACAGUGUUGCAGCUCAGCGGGAAGCAACUGCUGGAGUUGAUCGAUGUAGAACGUUUUGUAACAAAGUUGCAUCACAUCACGCUACGCUGUGUGACCGAUUCGAAGCGCUGGAGACCGGUCGCAAGCCGUGUGAUCGAAUUGCUAACGGAUCGUCAAGUGUACGAACGGGUGGACAAGAAUCGUAUCGUCAUCAUUCUGUACCCUUUGCUCUUCCCGCUGGGCGAUGCAGUGGAGGGUAAGGAAACCUCUACCCAGCUGCUGGCCACCAAGUUCGCGAAACAAUACCUGGUACCAGAGUUUUACGCUACGGAGCAAAAUUGCGACACAAUUCUGUGCGCUCUAAAGGAUGCGGGACAAUGCUCAAGUGCGAUACAAGUGGCCUUCAACAUUAAUCUACUGUCCGCUGCUCUACCGACGCCUUGUACAGUUGAACAAGCGGAUCAUGUACUCAGCUAUGCGUUCGCAUUGCUUAAGAACAAUCGCUUCCAGCAGGUUCCGUCAUCCGAUAUGAAAUGUCUGACUAGGAACCAGCUUCCGAUGGAUCUAUGUAUCGUACCGAUUCGGUACAUCGUUGAGCGUGUUACGUUCGAAUCCGUCGGGAUUGUCGAUCUGGAACACCAGAGCACCGCACUUCGGCUACAGCUGCGUAUCUUGAGUCAGCUGGUGAACCUGUACUGUAAGAUCGAUCCAAAACACCAUACCAUCCGUGCGGUCGUCGGUGAUCUGCUGAAAUCCACACUGCAACACCUCUACCCCGAGCUGCCAGAACGCGUCGAGUUCCUGUCGCACUUUUUGGCGAUCCAUCUGCUCGAUGCAGGUGCGUUCAGCGAGGGGGACGCCAACUUUACGAUCGAAGCGGAAUUUCAAAUACGCACGCUGCGCAUACUGAACCUGAUGCUAGAACAGAUGAGCGAUACGGGACCAACGAUCACGGACACAACGUUCACAAACAUAUUGCUAGCGCUUACGGCCGAAUCAGCGAUUGUGCGCAAAUGUGCACUGACGAUGAUCGAACACGCUGUCCGUAGUGCCGAUCGCAAUGGGCUAUCGAAAGCCCACAAUGAAUUCCUGAGCCGGUUGCUGAAACGUCGCGAAGAGUUGCUGAUGGAUGGUGAGCAGCUGUCGUUGAUAAUGUUUACGAUUUUCUCGUCCAGCGAUAGCAAACAGUUCAAGCCGGUCCUGGCUGGUCUUACGCAACGUACGGUCGACCCGGAAAUGCCAGGUUACGUUGUGCGCGGUGUGAUGGACUUCCUGAAACUGCUAGACGAUUCCUCCGUAUUCAUUACGGCCGCCCGUAAAGCGGUAACCAUACUGGAGACUGUGAAUGCCGAUCCUCAACGGCUGACCAUUGAUCCGCAUGAUUCGGUCUUCCUUCAACUGUUCAUUGCCCGCUUCAAUUCCGAAAUGACCGAAUUGAUCGUGCGGAAUGACUUCUGUAAGCGGUUUGUGUUGCUAGCGCUCGAGAGCCAUAAACCGUUGGUAGGGCCAACGUUCCGAAAGCACUACACACCAUCGAUCAUGCUGAUCGAGGCACUUGCCGAGGAGAUGUUCGAAACGCUCCCCAAACCGUUUGCUGGACAGGUGUUGCAGCAUAUUGUUGAAGCGGCCACACUAUCGGACCAUCCCGAGACGAAUGCCGCCACGACGAAACUGUUUAAAAAUGCGACGAUCGAUGCCAGUCUGCUGGUCGUACUGAUCGAUGCAAUGAUCAGUAAACCUGGUGAGGCGGCACCGAAAACACCGUCCAGGAAAUCGGUACUUCGUGUUGCACCUUCGGAGCGCAUCUUGUCGACGCUGGAGUGGAAACGAGGCGUAACGCUGCUCGAGCAUCUGCAGAACAAGAAAAAGCUGGACAAUCCCCAGCUACUGGUGCCGAAGCUGUUCGAGUGUCUAAAGUUCUGUCUGGAGUUUGAGGAGCAAUCAUCGGUCGAGUACGUGAAGCAGAUUGUCCUUUCCCUGUUGCAUCAUUGUACGCUGAAGGUGGAACAGUUGACAACCGGUGCCAAGGGACAGUCGUCGGUGGCACCAUUCGGUAUCGGGAAUGCCGUGCUGAAAGUGGAAUUGAUUGUACAGUGUAUUCGCGGCACUCAGAACCCUCAGACGCACCAUCAUGCAUUGCUGCUGUUGGCGCACGUGGCACGGUAUGUACCGGAACAGGUGUUGCACAACAUGAUGGAGAUCUUUACGUUCGUUGGCUCAUCGAUCGUACGGCAGGAUAAUGCGUACAGCUUCCAGAUUAUUGCGAAGAUCAUCGAAACCAUCAUACCGACCAUCGCCCAAGGUGGCAGCACCGAGCAGGUGAUUCCGAUUUUGAAAAUCUUCUCCGACAUCAUCCUGGAUGUGCCCGAACACCGGCGGAUACUGUUGUACGUGAAGCUCUUGCAAACGCUCGGUGCCAGCCAGUUCCUGUGGGUUUUCCUCGGUGUGCUGAUUGAGUCAGACGUGAUGAAGGGAGGCCGAAAGGCGGAGUUACGUUCUCAGCAGGCCUCGAAAUCCCGGCUCGAUGCCGAACUGUCCGGGAAUGAACUAUCGAAGCGGAUGGAGAUAGCUUUACAGAUAGCGCGCGAGUUCGAACCGACGGUCAUCAUCGAAACGUGCACGAAUUUGAUCCAAUACCUCCGUGAGCUGCCAAUGGAAAUGGUUGAUCGCCGAAAGGAUGAUCCGCAUGAACCGAUGGAAGUGGACAGUGCGAGCGAAAGUGUGAUCUUUAACGUAAAGACACACACGGCACGGCAUCUGAAGCACUUUAACUACUCGCUGGUGCAGUUCGUCGGUGGACUCAUCUCGUCCGUGUACGUCAUCAAUAAGAUAGCGCAGCUAAACGAUGAGCAAACGCUGGGCAUGAAAAAGUACUACCAACAGCUGAUCGUUGGUAUACUGACGUACGUUAAUGCGGUCUCCAAGACGAUCGACAAGGUAAAGGCAGAAAGUGUGGACGAAAAGAUUCCUACGUACUGGCGAGCGAUGCUAAACAAUUGCUAUGACAUUCUCGAGGGCACGAUCUCGCUGCUGUCAGCGGAAACGCUGAUCAUCGUCGUGCAUGGGUUGCUCAAGCAUCGUUUCCUGAUGGUGCGCCGUAAGGUGAUCGAACUGCUCAACAACAAGCUGCAGUACAAGCAGGAUUACUUCAACGAUACGCAUCAGGCGGGUUUGCUGAAGCUACUCGACCCCCUGAUGGAGCUGGUGAAGGGUGUGCACGAUGAAACGUCGGUGGUAGGGACGACCUUCGAGAAGAUGGUGAUUGUACAGCUAUGCUACAUCUCACUGCGCCAUCUCUCCAAGAUACUGACGCAGCAUGCGACGAAGAAGGUACAAUCGAUACUGGGCGAUCUCGUCGAGGAGCUGCACGGCUAUAAGAAGAACCCGAACCCACAGAUACUGGCUUCGCUGAUCCUGUGCAUCGGUGAGCUGUGUAGCAAUCUGGGGCCGCACUCGAUCAACUUCCUGCCUCGCUUCAUGCCAAUGGUACAGAAAUUCCUAAAUGCACAGCUACAAUCCGAAGAACCGUUCGAUAUGCUAACGAUGAGCAUUGUGCUGCUGACGGUGAAGAUCGUCGAUACACUGUCACGGUUCCUUUCGCCUUACCUGCGCUCGAUGUUGGUCGGGUUGGCAAAGUUGUACGCGCUACUGGAGAGACGCAAUGAUGCCCGGUUGGCAAACAUUAACUCACGGUUGGUGCUGAUCUGGGACAAUCUGGCAACGACAAUCGAACCGCGCGUACUGAUACCGGCCAUCGAAGCCACUUACCAUGACCUUAUCGAAGAAGGUGAGCUGGAAGCUAUUGGACCACUGAUGCGCCUGUUGUCCACUUCGUUCGGUAAGCUACAGUCGGCUGAUUUUGCUGCGAUUCGAAGCGAGCUCUCGGAGCUGUUCCUAACAGCACUGCAGUUCCGCUGCAAUCAUGCCACUUCGGAUAGGUUCAAGCAAGAGGCGGUGGACACAGCCGAAGAGCACGUCAUCAAGGCGUUUGUGGUGCUGAUUUUGAAGCUCUCCGAAAGUACCUUCCGGCCACUGUUUUACCAGGUGUUUGAGUGGUCCAUACGGGAGAGUUCCAGUAACGAUCGUGCUAUCACGUUCUUCAACCUAUGCUGCCACGUUGCGGAAGCACUAAAGUCACUGUUCGUACUGUUUGCCAGCGAUUUGAUAGCGAUCGCAACGAAGCUGCUGAGUGCCACAAACACCGCCCGUGUUGAACGGAAGGAAGAGGAAGCGCUGCACUUUGCGGAACCGACCAAGAACGUCACGUUGCUACGGUACGUGCUGAAGACGCUGUACGCCAUCGUGCUGUAUGAUAAUCAACACUUUAUGAACGCCGUUCGGUUCGAUAUGCUGUUGGGACCGGUAACGGAUCAACUCGAGAAUGAACUGAUCGUGAAGAAUGCCGAAGUGCGCCAGCUGGUGAUUGACUGCAUCGCGCAAAUGGCCGUCGCCGUCAUGGACGAUUCACUCUGGCGUCAGCUCAAUCAUCAAGUGCUGCUGAAGACGAGAAAUGGUGAACCGGAUGCCAGGCUGUUUGCGCUGGAGGCGUGCACGGAAAUAGCGCACAAACUGGGCGAGAGCUACGUACCGUUACUGCCGGAAACCAUUCCGUUCCUAGCGGAACUGAUGGAAGACGAUAAUGAGCACAUCGAGAAGGCGGUGCACCAUUCUUGUCGUGAAAUUGGGCGUGCUACGGGCGACGAUUUGCAGAAAUAUUUCUAAAGUAGGCCUUGAUGGGCCUGUCAGUCGCUAUUACUUCGCUCAACACUUUGUAGGACAUCUAUUCUAGUUUGGAAAUGUGAAUUCAUGGAAAGACGAACAUAUUUUUAUUAUGUGCCCGUGUCUGGAAGAGAUGAAUAAAUUUACGUUCAACUUUGAAGCAUAA